AUGCUCAUGGAAAAUAACGGCGAUGAAUUGGAAAGACAUAAGGCAGUGACCGUUUCGUUAGCCUCCACCACAUCAUCGUCAUCCUCCGUACCUUCACCGCCGCUGCCGCAGAAGAUCGCCGCCGCUAAUAAUACCACGACGUCCAUGUCCAGUGCCGCGACUGAGCCGCACCCCUCUUCUUCUCUGAAACGGCCACAUACUGUUGCACCAUCUAUAAUGGCCGAUAUUGAGCAAACGAUCACUGUACUUUUGACAUACACCAAAAAGUUCCUUGAAGCCUUGACAGCAUGGUCGCUAGGUCAAAUGAUGGAUGUUCAAGUGAUGAGUGUAUACAAAGAUCUGGCCAGUCAAUUCGAACGUGUCAAGCAAGCAUUGCAGGCUGCACCACUAACAGUGAGGUGA